CUUACUUUUGAGUUUUGAAAAUUUUGAAAUGUGUGUUCUGAGCUUACUCCAGUGUUAAUUUAAUUUUAUUGCAUUGUAAACAAUCCGAAAUGGAUAAGAGCUUUUCUAAUUUCCAAAAGAGCCCUCUGAAGCUCUAUAUUCAAGACAUAUUUCGCGCGAAUAGAUCACAUGAAAACAAGUACAUUUAUGAAAUAUUUGGAAUGAGCUUCAAAAAUAUAAUGAUACACGGUGUUAUUACUUGUGUUUAUAACAAAACUGGUGCUACUACGAACCUAGAACUUAGCGACCCCACGGGUACUGUUCAAGUAUACUACGAUAGUACAAAACACAACCUUAAUGUCCCUAAUGAUAAGUUAAAAUUUCUCCAUAGAGAUUUUGCGACUCAAUAUCGCUUCGGCGACGAUAAUAUGGACAUAAAAUUGAAAAUGCUCGAUGCUAUAUCCAGUACUAAACAAAAUGUUCUUAAUUUUGAAGAAGGAAACUACGCAAGUAUCAUUGGAGAUAUUUUCAUAGAUGAUAUAAGAAAUAUUAGAAUGGUUUCUGCUUAUCAAUGUGAAGUGACUACGAUAGAACGUGAUAUUGUUUGGUUAGAAGAAUUGAGAUACUUGUAUGAAAAGUUUUACCUUUGGUAUAAGGUGGAAUGAAUAUUUCACAAAAAAAAUAAAAAAUAAAGAGAAAUUAAAGACUGAUGUUAAGGCACAGGAUUUUAUAAUACUGCCUUUAAGAAAAGAAGAUAAAAUGUGAUCAGCCAGCCAGUACUGCCAAUAUAAAUAUUUAUGAGAAAUUAAAGAAAGCACACUGUAAUCUUUCUAGUUAUGUCUACAUAAACAGAAGAGUCAUUAAUUAAAAGAAAAAGAAAACUGAAGAAAAAGUGAGUGCAUCAAGAGAAAUGUGUAAAAUUCGAAGCAAAUGGAAUUCCAUAGUCUUUGCUUACCUCGGUGGGAAAUGGGUGUGAGUUUAUAUGUCAUUAAUUACAUGGUGACAAAAUGCUGCUAAAAACCAAGCCACUAAAAUCUAGUCUAGUAA